CCCGGAGCUGCGGACUGGCGGGCAGGGGAAGUAGUGCGCUUCAGAGUUGAGUGUCUCUGACAACCUUCCCAGAGAUUAUUCUCCGUUGUGUAAAGAACUCUUGUGGUAUGUGAAAAUCCAGGAGGUUAGCAGGCAACUCUGCUAUGCAUCGGUUUUCCCUCCGCAUGGGGACCUUCCUAGUGAGACUUGACUGCAUCCUGUACCUGUCUUCAGCCUUCUCAGUGAUGGCUCAGCUCUGCCAUAACGAGGGAACCAGGAUUAAUCAGUCUCUCCUGACACCCUCCCACCUGCAGAGCCGCAGGGUGGGCCUCAAAGUUGCGGGCUUAAAUUUCACUCUAGAGGACUCCCCAUUCCUCAUCUUAGCAGGCACCAUCCACUACUUCCGGGUGCCCAGAGAGUACUGGAGGGACCGCCUGCUGAAGCUGAAGGCCUGUGGCUUCAACACCGUCUCCACGCAUGUUCCCUGGAACCUCCAUGAACCAAUGAGAGGCCAGUUUCAUUUUGCAGGAAACCUGGAUUUCAUGAGUUUUAUAUCCGUAGCUUCGGAGUUGGGGCUUUGGGUCAUUUUGUGUCCAGGCCCCUACAUUGGGAGUGACUUAGAUCUUGGUGGCCUGCCCAGCUGGUUACUCCAGGACCCCAAAAUGAAGCUGCGGACAACUUACAGGGGCUUCCAGAAAGCAGUGAAUCGCUACUUUGACCAGCUGAUUCCCAGGAUCGCACUCCUGCAGUAUAGCAAGGGAGGCCCCAUCAUUGCUGUACAGAUUGAGAAUGAAUAUGGGUCCUAUCAUCAAGAUAGAAAAUACAUGUCAUUUAUAAAAAAGGCACUACAGAGAAGAAAGAUCAAGGAACUGCUUAUAACUGCAGAUAAAGGACUAGAAUUGAGACAAGGACACUUAAAAAAUGUGCUGGCCACUCUUCACCUGAAGGAUAUACAGAAGAAAAGUUAUGAAGACCUCUUUAGAAUGCAGGGCCGUGGCCCUGUGCUGAUGAUGGUGUACACGUCGAGAAGCUUUGACACGUGGGGUGAGAUCCGCCGCAUUCAGGAUGCACACAUGCUAAGGAAGGAUGUGCUUGAAAUGUUCAAGCUUAGGUUCUCCCUCAACUUUUACAUGUUCCAUGGCGGUACGAACUUUGGCUUCAUGAGUGGAGCUGAGGCCUUGGACAUUUACCUCCCAGCAGUCACCAGCUAUGACUAUGGGGCACUGCUGACAGAGGAUGGAAGCUACACGCCUGAGUAUAUCGUACUACGGGAGCUUCUUCAAUCUGUUACAGAUGUCCCUCCAAGCCUCCCACCAGAACAAAUAUCAAAGGUUGCCUACAAGUCAGUGACGCGAUUACACUUCAUGUCCCUGUGGGAUAUCCUGCCCUACUUGGGCAAGCCUAUCAGAUCUGCCAAGCCGAUCUCCAUGGAGCAGCUGCCUGUGAAUAAAGGGAGCGGUCAGGCGUAUGGCUACAUACUUUAUGAGACUGCCAUCAGCAAAGGAGGCUUCCUUACCUCAAGGGGCCAUGUUCAAGACCGGGGGCAGGUGUUUUUAAAUGAGAAGUAUUUAGGAGUCCUGGAUCAUUCCACUAAUCAGCUAUAUAUUAAGGGCUUCUACGGCACUCACAUCCUGAGGAUCCUGGUGGAGAAUCAAGGCCGACUUGCCUGUGGGCGUGAUAUGAGCAAGGAAAGAAAAGGUUUAAUUGGGGAUCUCUAUCUGGACAAUUCUCCUUUAAGAAACUUUGCAAUCUACAGCCUGGAAAUGAAAACUACAUUCCUGAAAAGGGACCUCCCCAACCUCUGGAAACCAGUCACAAAAGACGUUCGGGGCCCUGCAUUUUUUCUUGCCUUCCUGAGAGUUGGUGAUUUUCCUCAAGACACCUUUAUAAAGCUGAAGGGCUGGAAGAAAGGAGUUAUAUUUAUCAAUGGAAGAAACCUAGGGCGCUACUGGGAUGUAGGUCCCCAGGAGACCCUGUACCUUCCAGGACCCUGGCUUCAGCCUGGAUCAAAUGAGAUCGUCCUGUUUGAGGAAUGGGCAUCAGGCCAGCAAAUCGAGUUUACAAAGGAGCCUUUCCUAGGAUACUGAGUCUCCUGUGAGGUGGCAAGGUCUCCAGUGGAGAUGGCCUGAGCUGAGGCGUGCUGACCAUGGUGCUGCAGAUGCCAGCAGUCCCAGCCCCUAGCAAACCGGCCUUUCUGUCCAGCCAGGCCUUGUGUGGGGGAACCAUGCACGUCCUCACCAACGUCCCUCUUUCCAUUGAAUUAGCACGUCUGCUCCCGAUGUUAACCACGGUGUGCCUCAUCCUUUGCCAACUUGCUCUGAUAGGAGCUAUUUGGCCAUCAAAUAAAAUGUUGAAAA